CCCAACAAUCAACGUUGAACGUUAGUCAAGAUAAAUAUUCCCCAGUUGACAUUUCCCAGCAAAAACCACCCACCAUUGCAGAAAAAAGACCCAGGAUAUUGACGUCGGAACAUGGGUCCUAAAAGAAUGCCAGGCGACGUGUGGGUGGAACGGGAGGGCAACGUCGUCAAACUUUUGCGAUGUCGCACUGCCGAAGAAUCAAUUGGCGACGUCACGACGAGGCAAACCGUGAUUUCUGCAAUGGCUCGCGUUCAUCGGGAGGUUAUCGACGCGGAAAAAUAUAUCAAACACCCGAGCAACUGUAAGCAGAUGGAAUUUUUGCUCUUGCCGUAUCCAGAUAACCUCUCCACGUACGACGACAACAUGGAGGUGAAGUUGAAAAUGGAAAACUGUGUCAGUAUCGAAACACUUGUGAAGAAUGUGGGACAGGUUAUGAAGGGGAAAUUUUUCCUUUGUCGCACCAUAACGACGUCUAGCAGGAUAAUCGGAGUAGACGCCGGUGUGGAGGAUCCUGAAGGAAAGAGGGCCAUGCGACUUGGCCUAUUUAAUUAUUCUCUGGAUGCUAAAAUGGGAAAGUCCGAUUUCGAGGCGGUCCUCCCACUGGGGACGAUGUUGAUCGUGAAGAAUCCCGUAUUCAAAAAGUCUUUUGACAGCUCGCCCAUCCACGGACUGAUUGCUGAUAAUCCGGCUGAUGUGGAGAUACUCAGUCCAAAGAGGAUGAAAGUGCUCUUUCCAGGUGUUAAAUGGGAGUCAGAUCUUCCCGAAGAAUCUCGAGCCUUAUUAAAAUCGCACCCCUUUUGGGAGUUCUCUCCUGACCAAUGUGACCUCGAGAUUGCCACCAAGCUCAAGAACGUGGGAAACAAGGCCUUCAUCGAGCACCGAUCAACCGAUGCGAUCCGAUUCUACGACGUUGCGCUGGAAUACUUACCUGACGUGGAGGGAGAGAUAACUCCAGCCGUUUCUACACUCUUGGUUGACAUCUUGUCCAACAAGGCGGCCGCUCUGAUUAAACUUGAGUGCUUUAAUUCAGCCCUAAUCUGCACGGGUAAAGCUCUUAGGAUCAACAACGGACACGUCAAGGCGAUCUUUCGUCACGCCAAGGCUCUCAUUGGACUUGGCCGAUACUCUGAGGGUGGCGAAUUUCUGGAUGAAAAGCUUUCCCAAUAUGCAUCCCUUGGAGAUGAUAUUCUUCGGUUGAGAUCCACCGUUCCAGAACUGUUGAAGCCACCCGGAAAGGAAAUUAUCCGUGCUUUGUUAAGCCUACGACCAACGGAUUGCGGUUAUCCUCAGAAGGAUUUACCGGACGGGAUGGUGGAUCGCAUUCCAGAAUUUCGAGGACACGUUCAACUGGAGAAGAGUAAAAUCUGCGACGGUGAAGGACUAUUUGCCACUCAAGAUCUCGAACUUGGAACAAUUAUCCUCUUUUGCAAACCCUUCGCCGGGCUGUAUGUCAACCCGGAAGAAGAGAAGGCAUUUAAACAGACCACACCUACCAACCAAUACCUUAUCGGCAUUGUGGCAAACAAGAUUUGGCUUGAUCCUCAACUUGGCCGUGACGUUUAUGCCCUCUGGGCUGGACCUAAGCUAAAAACAUUGACGGACAAUGAAGACCCUAAAAUGAGAAAGGUGGACAUUGUUCGAAUUAGCAAGAUUUGCCACUUUAACUUCACCGGGAACAACCUUGACGAAGAUGUCACGGACUGCGAAGACUUCAUUUCCUGCGGAGUUUGGAUCCCCGUGUCCAAAAUUAAUCACAGCUGCAUUGACGCCAACGUUAUUUACUUUCAUCACGAUACCAGCCUUGUCAUGAUGGUCACUACUUUCAAAGAGGUGAAAAAGGGAGAGGAAAUUCUGAUGAGCUAUAUUAACCCAUUCCUGCCAUUGGAAAGGAGAAAUUUUAUGAGCCAUGGCGCCUUUAUCUGCAAAUGUCGACUCUGCGAACUGGACCGAUCUGAAAGUCCCGCUCUGAUUGCGAAGAGAGACCAGCUUAUCAAAAGUCUGGCCUACGACCCCGACACGAACUUGUACCCAUUUCAUCCCUGCCUGCUCGCCCAAGACCUUGAAACAAUCGCCGAAGUGGAAAGUCUGCGUGCGGCGACGCCCGACCUGAAUUUCGCCAUGACAUGUUCUGGAAUUCUUACCAUUGCUGCCGUCGUGUUGCUCGCCCAAUGUCGUUACGUCGAGUGUUUGUCCAUCUUGGAGAAAAUGUACGCCGUGAUCGAGAACGUCCCGACCAAUUGUGUGCAUCGUGCAUAUGCUGAAAGAAUUUUAGUUUGUUGCAUGCGAAUGGGCAAGAAGAAGGCCGUGUUGGAAAAAUGGACGGAAGAAGUGAGGAAAUAUUGUCGUCUUUAUGCCGGCACUUUGGAUUAUGUUCGAGUUGGAAAGUAUCCCACAAUUCCGGAAGACUUGAAAAAAUUCGGGAUUGAAUUUUUUAAUGACAAUGAUUAAUUACUUUUGACUUGUGUUUUUUGGCUACAUACUUUUAAAUUUCCGAUUAUUUUUAUGAUAUGAGUUAAUUUUAUGUUGAAUUUUUGUCGUUGAUUUUCUCCUGAACGAUACUGCUUUGACUUGAUGAAUUUGAUAAAUAAAUAGUUACAAUUAGUAUGAG